UCCCGUCGUUCAUUAUUGUCAUUGUCAAAAAUAAGAUCAGCUGGGCGUCUUGCAAACAAUAAAACCUUUAUUUUCCUGUUACAAAAAUUGUAAUUAAUCGAACAUUUAGUGUGUGAUAUGGCAGAAAUAUCGUGGCCUUGGCAGUAUAACUUUCCUCCAUUUUUUACAAUCCAGCCACAUUCGGAAACAAGAGAGAAACAGUUGGAAGCAUGGCAGCAACUCAUAGCAGAUUAUUUAAAAGCAAACAAACAAUCAACCAUAGAUAUAAGAGAAUCACUGAAUACUCCCCUAUUUAAUAAUGCGUCGAUCAAUAGAAAACUGUCACAGGAUGCUAUAUCGAGUAUUCUAGAAGAUAUGGCAAGGAAAGGGCGGGCCGCGCCUAUAGAUAAGAGUAAAAACGUAUGGGAGAUAUAUUGGCAUUCACUGGAUGAAUGGGGUAACAUGGUGUACAGUUGGGCUUGCAAUAAUGGCAUGAAUAACUCGGUGUGUACACUGUUUGAGUUGAGGGAAGGAGAGAACACCGUUGAUGAAGAAUUCCACGGACUAGACAUGAACAUACUCCUAAAAGCGCUGAAAUCUCUAGAGAAGAAGGGCAGAUGUGAACUAAUGGAGUUUGACGACAACCAAGGAGUGAAGUUCUUCUGAGGAAGGAGGCCUAGGCCUCCGCCGGCGACUCCGCGUCACCACGGAUGUUUUCUGUCACUUGAUGUUCAAAAACUUCUCAAUAUAGUUCCUAGUUUACAUAACACAAGAAAUAAACACAAGUAAUGGUGUCAUAGCCACCAUUGAUUUCAUGUACGCAGAAUAUUCCCUAGUAUAUGGUUGUGUUAGAAAGGUAAAUACAGUUGUAAAUUAAACUUCAAUUCAGUUCUUGAUUAAUGGCUUAAAUAGGGUAGUUUCCAACUAGACAAAUCAGGUACUUUUUACUAAACGUCAAAAUACGAAAUUACAAUGGAAUUUGUAUGAAAAAGCGACCUGUGACGUCGUAAAAAAACGUGACAAAAUGUCGCACUUAUUAUUACAUUUUUCUACUUGUUGAAGUAAACCUAGCCCAGCCGCUAGCUGGUGGGGAGCGGAGAGUUGCCGUUCUAUACAUAGUAUUAUUCCUUAUUCUAUGAUACGAUAUUAGUCACGCGUUCUCUGAAAAGAGCGAUCAAAGAUUCUCGAUGAAGUUUAUUUAUAAAAUAUGACAAUAUUUUAUCUACUACAUCUACCGACUCUUGUCACAUGUCACAUGAAAAAUAUUAUGAGGAACAGGGGAUAUAAGAAUGCCACAUUGGAACAAUGACGUACAUAGAUGGCACUGUACGGUCACGAGCAUUAAUAUGUAUACACUUUGUUAUCAUGUCACAUUAACUUUUUUGACAAAUUGAACUGUAAGUCUCACUAAAUGUCAAAUAUGUUAGUGCGACAGAGUCCUCAAGUGGGUACAUUAUAUUGCUCAUGACUGUACAGAGUUGCCUUAUUUUAACCUUAUAACUCCAUAGAUGACAGACAUGUGCAUCUUUUAUCUUAUUACGCCCAGGCACAGCACAUCUUUCACCCAUUAUUAUUAUGAUCACAACAAAGAGAAGCAAUAUAGGUAGCAACAUCUAUACCAUAUUCGAUCCAAAUAUCAAGCAAUGAUUAUUUUUGGCCUCCGUGGUCUAGUGGUUAGAGCGUUAGGCUCACGAUCUGGAGGUCCGGGUUCGAUUCCCGAUGGGGACAUGGUCGAAAUCACUUUGUGAGACUGUCCUUUGUUUGGUAAGGACUUUUCAGGCUUGAAUCACCUGAUUUUCCGAAAAAGUAAGAUUAUUCCGUGCUUCGGAGGGCACGUUAAGCCGUUGGUCCCGGCUAUUAGCCGUAAAAACACCUCCACCAAACCGCAGUGGAGCAGCGUGGUGGAGUAUGCUCCAUACCCCCUCCGGUUGAUAGAGGGGAGGCCUGUGCCCAGCAGUGGGACGUACAUAGGCAGUUUAUGAUUAUUUUUGGAUAUGCCUCCGUGAGACCCGAGCAAUGAGAAAAUAGGUAAUUAUCACGUUAAAAAUGUACAACGCCAUCUAUAUUGGUUUUGGGGAAUGUAGCCUCGAAAGUCCCUAUUUGAUCUAAAAACCAAUUUUGAAAUUUGACAUUUGGGCAUUUGAAAGUGACUGCGUAAUCGCAAAGUCAACAAAUGUAUGGUUUCUCAGAUGAAUAGCUUCGAUGUGGCCAUUUUAACCCCCCAGUUCUAUCCUUGACAAAUCUGCCUUAUGGCAAGCAAGCAAGCAAGUUAGCAAGUUGUUGAGCAUCAAGCGACUCUCGACUAAUCAAGUUAUUAAUGUUAUUAUAAGUACAUUAUUUUCGAUAUAAAAUGUUGAAUGCAUUUUGUUACGUUGUAAGUAUUUUUAAUGUUGGAAUAUAUUGCUUAAUAUUUUUAACAACAAUUUUA